GAGUCGGUUGUUCAAAAUAUAUAUCUGGAAAUGACAUGAAGUCGCUCAAUGUGUGCUGCGGUGAUGUCUAUCGUUUUGCCAUUCUUCUUUUCACAUGUUUAUUUUGCACAUCACUGGCUGAAGAGAUGACAAACUCGAGCGUUUUUGACGCUUAUGAGGGUACCGUUUCUCCACUGUUGUUGAAUAACAUAUCGAAUACUGUCUCUCCGUUGAUAGUUGAAAGAAUCGCACGAGGAAAGACGAUUUUGCAAAAGCUGAAAUCACAUAUAUUUGGCCCUGAUGAAGAAGUGCACGAAUCAGAUCUGAUCUGUAACUGUAAUGGUGCUUUAUGCGAUAACGAAUUGGUUCAUCUCCUUGGAGAAUCUUAUAAGGGUAAAUGCAGAGCCAAGCGUGGUCGCUGUUUCAAGGUUUACGAUGAAGAGCAUGAUAACCAUAUGUCUAUGGGAUGUGUGGACCACAGAGAUCUAUUCCCGGUACCCAUAUUCUGUCUUGGUCAUCCACAUUUCCACAUGACAUGCUGCAACUACUCGUUCUGUGAUGAGGAAAUAUUUAUGAAUGUGGAUGGUGACGCUGAGAAUACCGUUUUAUGGCCAUGGAUUGCUGUAGGGUCACUAAUAACUUUGGCGGUCUUUGGCGCUGCUGCUCUGGCCUUGCUCCGGAAUCAAAGAAUUGCUGCUAUAAUGCGCAAAUAUCUUCGUUUGGGUCCCGCUAUGUCUACUGCGCUAAAUCACAUUUCUCCCAGAGAAGAUGAGGUGCCAAUGAUUGAAACGAUGUCACAAACAACUACCACAUCUGCACCUGCAAUCCAACUUCUGUUGCUGAAAGGACUCGAGUCUACCGAUGCUGGGUCGGGGUCUGGUUCUGGCUUGCCCUUGCUCACGCAACGCAACAUUGCUAGGCAAAUCGAGCUCGUGCGAGAAAUCGGUCAGGGACGGUUCGGUGAUGUUUGGUUGGGAGCUUGGAAAGGUGACAUGGUUGCUGUGAAAAUCUUCUCUUCACGCGAUGAAGGCUCAUGGUCACAUGAAGUAGAAACUUUCCAGACGCACAUGUUACGUCAUCCAAAUAUCUUGCAGUUCUAUGCAAGUGACAGUAAAGACACUGGCACCACUAUGCAGCUGUGGCUGAUCACUGAAUAUCACCCUCAUGGAUCUCUUUACGAUUAUCUGUCUCACUCAACCGUGAAUGUUCUUACGCUUGUGCAGAUGAUACGAGGAAUCUCAAGCGGGCUUUCCUUCCUACAUACAGAGUUGAUGGGAAUACAGAAAAAGCCAGCAAUCGCUCACAGAGAUAUAAAGAGCAAGAAUAUCCUUGUCAAAUCAGAUCUUACAUGCGCUAUAGCAGACUUUGGAUUGGCUGUACGCUAUGAAGCUGGGCAUAUCAGUUUGCCUAACAGCAACAAAUGCGGCACUGUGCGCUAUCUUCCACCAGAAGUUCUUGACGAUAAGGUGGAACCAACAAAAUUCGAGUUCUAUCGCACCGGUGAUAUGUACGCAAUCGGUUUGGUGAUCUGGGAAAUUGCGCGUCGUACCACCUGUUCUUCAGGUCCUGCCUCAACUUUCGCAGAAUCGUUGCCGUACUACGAUCGAGUGUCACGUGAUCCAACGAUCAAAGAAAUGCGCGAAGUCGUCGUAGUGCAAGGUGUACGCCCUUACCAAUCUGAACAUUGGCAGAAUAACAGGGUGUUACGAGACGUGUCGCGUAUCAUGCUUUACGGUUAUCGUGAGGAUUGCAGUACACAAUUAAAAAUGGAUUCUGCGUUGUUUGUCCAAGGGUGUCGCAUCGUGUAUAUUGGUCGCUCACCGUCAGUCUGUAUCAUCUUUUGAUCUCUUUUUUCCUUUGAUUGUCCAUUUGAAGUGAACCACAGUCCUAUCCCGCCUGUGAUCUCAAAUAUUCUGUGAUUCUUUUAUGAUUCAACCGUGCAGAGAUUAGCAUAUCUUAGAACAUAGAUGCAGUGUUUUGUAAGAUUACUAGAAUGGAAGUGUGCACGUGCGCAAAGCUGUUGAUUACAUUAUUAGAGAACUUGUUUGAAAGCCGUUUUGUACAGAGCUUUGAUGUUACUUCUUAGCCUUUUUACACGGCUGUCUCAACCUUGAAAGAGAACGAUGGCGUAACUAACACUUGGGAGUCCGCUUUGUCAUCCGAAAUCUUGUUAUAUAUGUAGCUGCACACAUUUCCAUCUGAGCUACUUGACCGUAAGACCUUGUCUUUGCAACUGUAUCUCAUUUCUUACCUCCGCACGGUAUUCGAAAAAUGUCGUUUUAUUUUCUACGGGUUAUACCUACGGGUUUAUUGUAUAUCUACGUAUUGUUUUCUAUGUGUCACACUUAUAUGUUGCUAAAUUCGCAUACAGUUUCGGUGAUGAAAUGUUAACAAUUGUGAAAAUUUUUUGUGUUUUCCGUCAUCACAAGAACAAUGAUAAAUUGCUAAAUUGA